AUGGCAGCACUUCAUUGCCUCAGUUCAAGCUAUUACCAGUACAAGAAUUGCCAUACUAGUUUUCUUGAGUUUAGAUUCAAAAGAAGCAGCUAUGUUGUCAGAUGUGAAAAGGCAAGGUAUGAUAUUCAAGAUUAUUCAUGUGUAGAGAGGGAUGAGAAGAGGAGGCUUAGGAUCUUGAUUGCCGGUGGGGGUAUAGGGGGGUUGGUUCUGGCUUUGGCAGCAAAACAUAGAGGAUUUGAUGUGAAGGUGUUUGAGAAGGAUUUGAGUGCAGUAAGAGGGGAGGGUAGGCACAGGGGUCCUAUUCAAUUAUUGAGUAGUGCUUUGGCAGUUUUGCAGGUUAUUGAUGGGGAUGUUGCAAAACAAAUUAUGGAAGCUGGGUGUGUUACUGGUAACAGGAUCAAUGGCAUUGCAGAUGGUGUCUCAGGUAAUUGUUUGUAUCACUCUGCUUUGAUUGGGAAAGUUGACAUGCUUUAUGUGAAGAGUGGACUGAUGCAUAACAAAUUUUCAAAAUUUUCUUGGCCAGUUUUGCAGCUAGAGAAAUGGGAAAUUAAUCAUUUGGAAUUGAUCACUUCUUGUUCUCAUUUCAGGUUUAUUAAGCUUAAUCUCUUGAAUCAUGCUAUAAAUAGAGGCCUUCCUGUUACCACUGUUAUAUGUAGAAUGGCACUGCAAGACAUAUUACUCAAUGCAGUUGGUUUAGACAUAGUAAGCAACAAAUCUAAAGUUGUUGACUUCGUGCAAGACUCUAAUAAGGUCACAGUGAUCCUUCAGGAUGGACAGCAUUAUGAUGGCGAUGUUUUAGUUGGGGCAGAUGGCAUAUGGUCAAAAGUUCGGUCAAAACUAUUCGGGCAGGAGGAUGCAAAAUAUUCAGGUUAUACAUGCUAUAGUGGACUGGCAAACUUUGUCCCAUCUUAUAUUGAUAAUAUUGGGUACCGGGUGUUCAUAGGAUUCAACCAGUACUUUGUUGCUUCAGAUGUUGGAAAUGGAAAGAUGCAAUGGUAUGCUUUCCACAAGGAGCCCCCUAAUAAUACGGAUCCUCCAAGAGGCAAAUCUCUGAACCACACAUGUGAAGUAGUCGAGCUAAUAUCAGAAACACAGGAGGAUAUGAUUCUACGGAGGGACAUCUAUGACAGAGACAUGAUCUAUGCCUGGGGGAUUGGACGGGUGACUCUGCUAGGCGAUGCUGCUCAUCCAAUGCAACCGAAUCUGGGGCAAGGGGGUUGUAUGGCAAUUGAGGCUCAUUAUGUUGGGAAAUCACAUAUGCAGGACUGUUACCAACUUAUUCUUGAGCUCGAUAAGUUUGCCAAGAGUGGCUUAGACUUUCCAGAGUCUAGUGAAAUUGCCACGACACUUCAAAGGUACGAAAAGAAAAGAAUGUUCCGAAUUAGUACAGUACAUGCAACCAGCCGAAUGGCAUCAAAAGUGCUCACUGCUUAUCGACCUUACAUGGAAUUCGGAUCUGGCCCCUUGUCUGUAAGUUUUUGCCAAACUGUUUCCUUCUCCAAUCUCGGAUUAAGCAACUCUGCUCAAGUUCAUUUGUUAGCAGUUGUUCCUGUUACAGCAUCUAUCUGCUCUAAAGAUAACCAAACCUUCAGUUCAUGUGGCACUUGCUUUUCUACAAAUUUUCAUGCCACAAUUCAUGAUUUGGAUGAUGGUUGGCCAUGGAUUUUGGUGAAACAGGAACAGAAGAAUUUGAACUGA